CGUCACCUGGCAGAGUCCGCUGGUCUUGAGGUGGGAAUCCUGCUGUGGGCAGCAGGCAGCCCGGCCAAAGAGGAAACAGCUGAAGGAUCUGGAGCUAUCCCGAAGCUCCAUGCUCUGAUACCUAAGAACUCUGUCCUUCCCCAAGAGAGAAACCUGGAGGAAGAUCCAUCAGCCUUGAACUCCUGAAAGUCAUGCUGCUCGGUUCGGAACUGUUCAGGGAUGUGACCAUAACUUUCUCCCAAGAAGAGUGGGAGUGCUUGGAGCCUGUUCAGAGGGAUUUGUACAGAGAUGUGAUGUUGGAGAACUACACCCACCUGGUCUCACUGGGUCUUGCCAUAUCCAAACCUGAGGUGAUAGCCAUCCUAGAGCAAGGAAAAGAGCCAUGGAUAGAGGAAAGGGCUACAACGGGAGGGCUAUGUUCAGCAUUGGAAUCUGGAUGUGGUACCAAGAUAACAUCCUCCAAGCAACACACUUAUGAGGAGGACUCGCCACAGAUAACAGAAAGCCUUCCAAGCUGCAGUCUGGAGAGCUCAAGUCUCCGAGAUGACUGGGAAGGCAAAGGCCUAUAUGAUAGACAACCAAGAAAUCCAGCCAGAAAUGCCGGCCCAGUGUUAAUCCAUCACAAAGAAAUGCCCGCAUUAAACCAGCACCACAUGUCUCUUACUUUUUACCAGAAAAAGUCCUGUCGAUAUAAAAAAUGCAAGAGAGCCUUCUGUCAAAAGCAAUUCACUAUUAACCAAGGAAUUCAUACAAAUGAGAAGCCCUACAAGUGUAGGGAGUGUGGGAAGGCUUUUAAGUAUGGCUCACGACUAAUCCAGCAUGAGAAUAUUCAUUCAGGCAAGAAGCCGUAUGAAUGUAAGGAGUGUGGGAAGGCCUUCAACUCUGGCUCAAAUUUCACACAACACCAGAGAGUUCAUACGGGUGAGAAACCUUAUGCGUGUAAGGACUGUGCUAAAGCCUUCAGUCGGAGUUCCCAGCUCAUUGAGCAUCAGAGAAUCCAUACUGGGGAGAAGCCUUAUCAAUGUAAGGAGUGUGGCAAGGCCUUCAAUCGUAUCUCACAUCUCAAGGUACAUCACAGAAUCCAUACUGGGGAGAAGCCCUAUGUGUGUAAGGAAUGUGGGAAGACCUUUGGUCAUAGGUCUCAGUUGAUUCAACAUCAGACUGUUCAUACUGGCAAGAAACUCUUUGAGUGCAAAGAGUGCGGGAAGGCUUUUAAUCAAGGGUCCACUCUAAUCCGACAUCAGAGAAUUCAUACGGGAGAGAAACCGUACAAGUGUAAGGCGUGUGGCAAGACCUUUAGAGUGAACUCACAGCUUAAGCAACAUUCCAGAAUUCACACUGGAGAGAAACCGUACCAGUGUAAGGUUUGCAGUCGGGCCUUCAAGCGGGUCUCGCAUCUCACAGUACAUUAUAGAAUUCAUACGAGUGAGAAGCCGUUUGAAUGCAAGGAACGUGAGAAGGCCUUUAGUCAUUGCUCACAACUGAUUCAGCAUCAGGUGAUCCAUUCUGAGGAAAAGGCCUACAAGCAGAAGGGACGCUGGAGGAGCGUAAAGCAUGAUGCAACAUCCGAGCACCCCAGACUGCGCAGUAGAGGAACACACAGGAACAUAGUAAAUGCCGAAAAGCCAGCUCUUGGCACUAGGAAUCAUCAGGGGGUUUGUUGGCAAGCAGCCCUGUGAACGGAAGUAAUGCGGAGAGCCCGUGAGCUUAGGGUAAUCACAGACUGCGCAUCUUCAAGAAAGGGUAGGCCAUGUGCUGCUACUGAGAUACUCUAUUCAGUUCAUUCUACGUAUGAUGUCUCCCAACGCAAUCCAGAACCUAGUCAUGGGAUUUUUGUGUCGUUUUGGGUUUAUAUAUUUAUUUAUUUAUUUGUUUUGAGACAAGGUCUCUCUAUAUAGCCUUUCUUGGCCUGGAAUCUGCUAUGUAAUCCAGGCUGACCUGGAACUCAGAGAGAGAGAUCUGCCUGCCUCUACCUUCAGGGGAUAUUAAAAGUACGUGCCACCACACCCAGUUUUAGUCACAGGGAAAAGAAAGCCAAAUUACUCUUCACUUGAUAAUAUUUUUUUAAAAAAGCCAUGCAAACACUGAGCUGCAAGAAAAAGAAUGACUUGAUACGUUUACAUGCUAAGAAAGGUAAGACAAGAGCCAGGCGUGGUGUCGCACGUCUUUAAUCCCAGCACUCGGGAGGCAGAGGCAGGCAGAUUUCUGAGUUCGAGGCCAGCCUGGUCUACAAAGUGAGUUCCAGGACAGCUAGGGCUACACAGAGAAACCCUGUCUCGAAGAACCAAAAAAAAGAGAGAGAGAGAGAAAGAGAGAGAGAGAGAGAGAGAGAGAGAAAGGAAGGAAGGAAGGAAGGAAGGAGGAAGGAAGGAAGGAAGGAAGGAAGGAAGGAAGGAAGGAAGGAAGGAAGGAAGGAAGGAAGGAAGGAAGGAAAGAUAAAGCUGUAUCUAGGGUGUGGUAACCCACACCAUGAAUCCUAGGCACUUGGAAGGCAGACAGACAGAUCUCUGAGUUUUAGGCCAGGUGGCUACACAGUAAGACCCUGCCUCCAAACAAUAACAAUGAUCCCAUCCCCAAAAGAUAUACCCAGAGGAAUUAAAGACUUUUAUAAGAAUCUGUGUGUUUGUGUGUGUGUGUGCACGCAUGUGUGUCUGUACAUGUAAAUCUGAGUGUUUGUGUGUGUGUGUGCACGCAUGUGUGUCUGUACAUGUAAAUCCCACAGUACACAUGUGGAGAUCAGAGGGCACUCACUCCUUUCUGUCCUCCUUUAUGUGGGCUCCAGAGCUUGAACUUACAUCACCAGGCUUAUCCACUGAGCAACUCUCUGGCCUUUUUAAUAAUUACAAACACAUUUUUUAACAUCCAGAGCAAUGGUUUUCAGGUUUUGAAUAUAUGCUUGUAUAUGAAAACCCGAAUGAAUACCCAAACACUAAAUAAAGGAAUCAGAAUUACAAAACA